UUUUGCCGUCGAGCGUUGGCCAGCGCGGUGGAUAUUUCGCAUAUCCGCAGUGGAGAAUCGAAUCGCUUUGCAUCGCAUCGCAUAUCGCAGCGGUAUCGAGUUUUGAAAUUCUGUUUCGACUGCCAUAAAAAAUAAAUAUAAUAAUUAAUAAACAAAUCCGCUGUGCGUGCCUGUGUGCCUGUGUAUGUGUGCGUCUGUAUGUGUCCCCCGACUCAAUGAAAUGCCAAACUAAAUAAGCUUGGAAAAGUUUUCCAUCCAGUUUUUAUGGCAGCCCAGCGAGGCUCGAAAAAAGUGUCAAUUGAAUUAGCGGCUCGGGUUUUAAGAAAUUAAUAAAGUUCCGAAAAGAGAGAAGGUGUUUGGAUCGCGGAUUUAUAAAUUCGCAAAGGUGUUUCUCUGCAGUAAAAUACCACCUGUGGCUCCUCCUUUCAAUUUUAGCGCCACUCUCUGCAAAUCCUACUUCCAUUUCAGCUAAACAGCGAACGUCGACGGCAGAAAAACAAAUACAUCAACUGAAAGGAAAACAAAGAGGGAAAGCGGAAAAGUGGAAAAGCGGGAAAGUGGGAAAGGAGCAACCGCAGGGCGGCGAGCAUGGCGUAUACGCAAUGCGCAGCAUGUGCUAUUACUAUCGCUGCUACUGCCACGGCCACCUCAAGUCAAUUAGGGAGUUCACACGCCAGCGGGCACUGUAAUUGAAGCCCACACCUGUUCCGUCCUCCUCCAUUAGCUCGGCACCAGCCUUAAAUACUCGAUCCGGGAGCGGAACCCGUGCCAUCCGUGGAAUAUCUACAAUCGCAUCCAGCAGCAUGUCCGCCUUUCGCUACUACUCCAUCACGGAUUUCUCGUUCGAGGGUCCACUGCUGCCGCUGCACGCGGCCACCACCAGCAAGGAUGCCAAGGACUCGGACAGUCCCAGCUCCGAGCUGAACAUACCCUACACCGUCUUCGAGGUCCUGGUGGCUAUCGUCAGCAUCAUCGGCAACGUGCUGGUGAUCAUCGUCUUCCGGCGCGAACGAAAGCUGCGUCGCCGCACCAACUACUACAUUGUAUCUCUGGCCAUGGCCGAUCUGCUGGUGGGCGCCUUGGGCAUUCCCUUCGCCAUCCUGGCCUCGAUGGGUCUGCCCAGAAACCUCCAUGCCUGCCUCUUCACCGUCUCCCUGCUCGUGGUGCUGUGCACCAUCUCCAUCUUCUGCCUGGUGGCCGUCUCCGUGGAUCGAUACUGGGCCAUCCUGUAUCCCAUGGCCUACUCGAGGAAUGUCCGCACCCGGACGGCAAUAUUCAUCAUCUCCAUGUGCUGGGUGGCCGGGACGAUAGUGGGCUUCCUGCCGCUGUUCGGCUGGCACGCGGAUGUCAACCAUAACCAGGAGUGCCUCUUCGUGGAGGUGAUGGACUACAACUACCUCGUCUUCCUCUACUUUGCCACCAUCAUCACUCCGGCUCUGCUGAUGCUGGCCUUCUACACGCACAUCUACCGGGUCAUCAUCAAACAGGUCCGUCAGAUCGUAACAAUGAACCCCGCCUCCGAUCUCAGUCGGCGCUCCUCGGCGGCCGUGGUGCAGGUGACGACACCCGGAAGAGGUGGACACACGGGUACCAUGCUGCGGGUGCUGGGAGCCGCAAGGAAGCGGGACGUCAAGGCCACCCAGAAUCUGUCCAUUAUCGUGCUGUUCUUCAUGAUCUGCUGGAUACCGCUCUACACGAUCAACUGCAUCAAGGCCUUCUGUCCCGACUGCUAUGUGCAUCCCAAGCUGACGCUCUUCUGCAUCAUUCUCUCGCAUCUGAACUCGGCCGUGAAUCCCGUCCUGUACGCCUAUCACCUCAAGGACUUUCGCGCAGCGCUGAAGAACUUGCUGCUGAAGAUGAUGGGCGUGGACAUUGACCAGCAGGCGGAGGCCAUCCACCGCUUCUCGGUGGCCAGUCAGCAUCGCCUGCAGUCCAUGGACUCCAAUAUGCGCUCCACGCAGCCGCGCCUCUAUGUGGGUGAGUAUUCACCCAUUUGGUUGAGGCAGCAGCAGGAGGCCCUGAAGAACUCCCAGCUCCUGCCCAAGUGCGGAGUGGUGUCGCCCUGUUUCAACAACAUCAACCAGACGGUCGCCGCCGUCGCCUCGGUGACCACAGAUCUCGAGCGAGAGAUGUGGAACAUAGUGGAGGCAUCCAGUGGCGCCGAGCUGGGUGAAACCAGCUACGAGUUCCCCUCCCCCGCACCGGGUUCCCAGCGAAGCAGUGAACGGAACAGCAGCUCCACUGUCCCACCUGCGCCUGCUGCCCCGGCGAAGCCCUCAAUUCCGUCCGCCUCCUAUGACAACCACAACUACAGUUUCAGCCAGGAUGAGGACGAGGAUGAUGAUGAUCUGGAGUUCGAGGACGUAUUUGUGCCGGCCAGCUCUGUCCCCAAUCCCGCUCAGCCUGGCAUAGAUCCCGUGGAGCUGCGUCGCUCCCUGGCUUUGGUCAUGAGGGAGAAGUUGCGCUCGGAUGACACGGACUCCAGACCGAUGGGCAACAAUCAGGAUCUUCCCAUAGAUGCACAGUCCAGGGAGAGACCGCUCUCCACUCAAACAUCGCCGACAAAUGGCCCGCUUCCGGCUCUCCUGAGGGCCAAACUGUUUGCUGGCAACUCCAAUAGCGCUCACUGCCUGCCAGGAUCCGCGGCGAGUCCUGCCCCCCAGGAGCAAUCCGGAGUCUUUGUGAUCGAUAGCGAGGCAUGUCCCGGCUCAAAUGGUCACAAGCCCAAGUAUCGAAAGGGCACGGCCUUCACCAGGAGUUCGCUGAAGAAGAGCCGUUCCUGCAACUGUAGUUCCCUGGCCAAGGGACAUGGUGUCCACGAGGAACCCAGCAGUAAUCUCAGCCGGGAUCAGGAGUCCUCCGCGCAGCCACAGCAACAGCAGCCAGCCAGCCAUCCCACGGAGCACUUCUUCAGUCCCCUGAGAUCGGUGGGCAGCUUCAUGCAGCAUUCCAACCUGUUCCACUUCCUCCAGCCCCACGCCGCCCGUCCCACCUCAUCGACGGCCUCGUCCUCGGCCUCCACGCCCACUCCAUCACCACCGCCCACGGGCCACGCGCAGGAGGAAACGGUGCCGGUGGGUCUGACCACCUCCUCGCCAUCCCUUCUGGCGACCAGUGCGGAGAGUUGACCUUUGCGGGGGAAAACGAAGCGGGGUCAGCAGGAAAGUCCACUGGAAGAGGAUCACCAGGAUGCGGAGGGGGCAAGAGGUGACCCCUGAGGAAAUACUCGCAAGUCAAAGCUUUUACGUUAAGUACUUCCCAGCUCUCUUAGGCUCUCUUAGGCUCUCUUAGGCUCUCUUAGACUCUCUUAAGCUCUCUUUCGGAAACGUUGUCAAAUUCUAUAUCGGAUCUAGAUCAAUUAGUUGGGUAGUGACAUAUAGAGAUUAGGAGCUCUAUUCUGAGCGCAUUUAUUUUGAGUGUAUGGUCAUAAUACCUUUCUACGGACUAGUUAGCUAUGUACAUACAUACGUUUAAUGUUGUUAGAGUAUUUACUGUGUAACAUAUAUGUCUGCUUAUGUAUACCUGAACGUCUGUGAAAACCAAGUGAAGCCAUGCGACAUGAAUUUCAAAGUUGAAGUUAAAUAAAGCGAUUAAACCAGAA